AUGACUGGACGAGGCAAAGGAGGCAAAGGAUUGGGCAAAGGAGGCGCCAAGCGUCAUCGCAAAGUAUUGCGUGAUAAUAUCCAAGGUAUCACCAAACCCGCUAUCCGGCGGUUGGCUCGUCGCGGCGGAGUCAAACGUAUCUCCGGAUUAAUCUAUGAGGAGACCCGAGGUGUGCUCAAGGUCUUCUUGGAGAAUGUCAUCCGUGAUGCUGUCACUUACACCGAACACGCCAAGCGAAAGACUGUCACUGCCAUGGACGUCGUCUACGCUCUGAAGCGUCAAGGCCGUACCCUCUAUGGAUUCGGCGGAUAGAGAUAUCGAAGACCACCAAUCUCUAGGAUCCAACCACGAGAUUCUUACUCAUCCAUCAGGCCCUUUUCAGGGCCACCAAUGCUUACCAAAGGAUAUGUAGAGAGCUCUUUAGUGUUUACCAUCAUAUGACAAAUCAAGUUCCUACAGAAACGAAAUUUGAUUACGUUGACUCAUUUUCAGGUAUUACGUCUGAAACACUUCACUUUCUGUACAUUCAUAACCACUUGGGUAAACAAUAUGUAUUUUCACUGCACUCUGCUCGAUUUGUCUAGACUGCUAGACUGAUGGAUCUGCAGGAUAUUUAAGCAAUUUGACAGUCUGCUCUUGUUUGUGCAUCAAUUUCCGUUCGACCAAUGAAUGACCAAUGGCAAAACAUAGAUUUCAUCUUGGUGACCUCAAUGCUCACGUUUUUAAAAAAGCACGCCCUAAAAGACAGAUUUUCCCUCUCACAACCAAUCGUGACUGAGAAUCAAUUU